AUGACCGACAAAGUGAAACUAAAUACUGCCAAGAGUGUAAACAGCAUAGUGAAAGCAAUGAGAGCUUCAAGCUCAGGCAAUCUAGUGUUUGGGGUUCAAAAGAUAAAGUUUCCUUGGAGCUCUCUGGGUAAAUUAAGGACCAAGGGAUCUGGUGACUCCUGCAAGAUAAAUAAUUCAUCACUUUGUAACCUGAGUAUCCAGUCUUUGGUGGAAAAAAAUGUCCAAUUUAAACAGUGUCUUUGUGUCGAUGACCUUCACUGUACAAUAAACAAACUUUUUGGAAAAAAAUGCAUCAAUAAGACAGAGGAGUCACCACCGCCCUCCGAUUGGGUGCCACGAUCAAAUGUCACACCUUGGCUCCAGAGAAAAGACACAUCUUUAGUGGCUAAAAGAAAGAAUGACUGUGUCGCGGCGGCGGAGGCCUGCCAGGAAUCUGAGCACUGCGCUCUGCUCCACGAGAGCUUUAAGAAAGCCUGCGGCACAGGAACAGCGCAAUGCCGCAGUCUCAGCGGUAGACGGUUGUGUGUGGGCCUGAGACAGAGCCUCAGAGGCACGGUUUUGUGGGACUGUCGGUGCGGAUUCCCUUUAGAAGGAGACUGCAUUCGGAUUUGGAAAAGCUUGUUUGAAGACACUUGUGUACAAGGUACUCAAGUCAAUCAAAUUCCCACCUUCAAGCAAGGCAACGGAGGUGGUUCCAAGGACAUUGCUUCAGGAUUCAAACAGAUGCAGUCUUGUUUGGAAGUGACAGAAGCAUGUGUAGGGGACGUGGUCUGUAAUGCGCAGUUGGCCCUUUACCUUAAAGCAUGCUCAGCAAAUGGAAAUCUGUGCGACGUGAAACACUGCCAAGCAGCCAUACGGUUCUUCUAUCAAAACGUGCCUUUUAACACUGCCCAGAUGUUGGCCUUCUGUGACUGUGCUCAAUCUGAUAUACCCUGUCAGCAGUCCAGAGAAACUCUUCACAGCAAGCCGUGUGCACUGAAAGCAGUUCCGCCCCCCACUUGCCUCAGUGUAAUUCACACUUGCCGAAAUGAUGAAGUAUGCAGGACCCACUACAGAACAUUCCAGACAGAAUGCUGGCCCCGCCUGACUGGGAGGUGCCAUGAAGAUGAGACUUGCAUUAGCAUGUUGGGCAAGCAAGACCUUACUUGCUCUGGAAGUGACAGCUGCAGGGCUGCCUACCUGGGAAUCUUUGGGACAGUCCUUCAAGUGCCCUGUGCUUGCAGGAGUACCACACAGAACGAAGAACCUCUGUGCCUAGUUUUCCAGCACAUGCUUCAUAGAAAAUCAUGUUUCAAUUAUCCAACUCCUAAUGCCAAAGACAUUUCCUCAUAUAAAAGAAAACAUCCAAAGGAAAUUACUCUGACUGGAUUCAAUUCCCCUUUCAAUGGAGAACUAAUCUAUGCUGUCGUGUGCAUGGCAGUGUCCUGUGGAAUCCUUUUCUUGGUGAUGCUCAAGCUGAGGAUAUCAAGCAAAAAGAGAGAUUCCUCAUCCAUGGAAAUAGCGGGAAGUGUCAUCACUCAGUGA